AUGCUAUCAUCUCGUAUUCAGCUAUUGCGCUCUUCAAAACGAUGCGUUGCGCAGCUAUCCCAUAUUCAACCACCUAAACAAAUUGGCAAUGAGCCAGUUAAAGCGUUCGGUAGUAAGGAUUUGGUUGAUUGGGAUUUACUAAGGGCUUCUUUAUCUAAGUUCAAAAACUCCUCUUUGGACGUUCCUUUAGUCAUUAACGGCGAACGUAUUUAUUAUAACGACGACGGUGGUAAGAGAGGCAUUUUCCAGCAAUUGAACCCAGCCAACCACUCUGAAGUUUUAGCUAACGUUACUCAGGCUACUAAUGAAGAUGUUAAAGCUGCAAUCCAAGCUUCUAAACAAGCUAAGGACAAAUGGUACAAAUUGCCAUAUUACGAGCGUGCCUCCGUUUUCAUGAAGGCAGCUGAUUUGAUUUGUACCAAAUACCGUUAUGACAUGCUCGCUGCCACUAUGUUGGGUCAAGGUAAGAAUGUAUACCAAGCAGAAAUCGAUUGCAUCACUGAAUUGGCUGAUUUCUUCAGAUUCAACGUGAAGUAUGCUAAUGAAUUGUACGCCCAACAACCCAUUGAAUCUUCUCCCGGUGUAUGGAACAGGGCUGAAUACAGACCUUUAGAAGGCUUUGUGUAUGCAGUAACUCCGUUCAAUUUCACUGCCAUUGCUGGUAAUUUGAUCGGUGCGCCUGCGUUGAUGGGUAACACUGUUGUGUGGAAACCUUCUCAAAACGCCAAUUUGUCCAACUACUUGUUAUUAACUGUUUUGGAAGAAGCAGGUUUGCCAAAUGGUGUUGUGAAUUUUGUCCCAGGUAACGCAGUGGAAGUCACCAAGGAAGUUUUGAGCGACUCGGAAUUCGCUGCUUUACAUUUCACUGGUUCUACUGCUGUUUUCAAGCAACUAUAUGGAGAUAUCCAGAAGGGUGUUGUGAAUGGUUUGUACAGAGACUAUCCGCGUAUUGUCGGUGAGACUGGUGGUAAGAAUUUCCACUUGAUCCAUCCAAGUGCUAACAUUCCUCAUUCUGUUCUAUCCACUUUGAGAGGUGCAUUUGAGUUCCAAGGUCAAAAAUGUUCUGCUACUUCCAGAGUAUACUUGCCCGAAAGUAAGAGCGAGGAAUUUUUUCGUGAUUUAGGAGGUGUCUUAUCUGAAGUUCAACCAGUGAACACAUCGGCAUCUAAGAUUAACGGUGGUGAUUUACACGGUUUUAUUGGCCCGGUGAUCCAUGAAGGUAGUUUUGAUAAAUUGGCCAAAGUGAUUGACGAUGCCAAGAACGAUCCAGAAUUGGAAAUUGUUUUCGGAGGCUUCCAUGAUAAAUCUAAGGGUUAUUACAUCCAACCAACAAUCAUAAAGACUACAAAUCCAAGACAUCCUUAUUUAAGCCAAGAAUUCUUUGGUCCAAUAUUGACUGUAUACGAAUAUCCAGACGCAAAAUUCGAAGACGUGUGUGAACUGGUUGAUUCCACCAGCCAAUAUGGUUUAACGGGAUCCAUAUUCGCCCGUGACCGUGAGGCUAUUAAGAUCGCUGAUGAAAAAUUGAAAUACAGUGCAGGAAACUUCUACAUCAACGAUAAAUCUACCGGGGCUGUUGUCGCUCAACAAUGGUUUGGUGGUGCCAGAAUGAGCGGUACUAAUGACAAGGCCGGGUCUGGAAAUAUCUUGAACAGAUUUGUUAGCGUCAGGAACAUCAAAGAAAACUAUUAUGAAUUGACAGACUACAGAUAUCCAUCCAAUUACGAAUAA